AUGGUCCUCCACAAUGGAACCGAUUAUACUGAGCACAAAUCUGAGCCGUACCCGUUCAUUGACCCUCGCAAAUUGAAUUUGGAGGGCAAAUCUGUUUUCAUCACCGGCGCCAGCAAGGGCAUUGGUGCCGCCAUCGCUACAUCGUAUGCUAGCGCAGGGGCAUCGAUAAUCGGUCUUGGAGCUAGGACAUCUCAAGGCGAGACAGUCAAAGCGAUCGCGGAGGCAGCCAAAGCGGCUGGAAGGGUAGCGCCAAAAGUCUUUGAGUAUGAACUGGACGUAACUAGCUUGGCUAGCAUUGAGAAAGUGGCAGCCAAGUUCCGGGAUGAUGAUGCGAAUGGCCGACUGGACAUCCUGGUGAACAAUGCCGGUUACCUGCCGAGUUUCGUGCCCAUAGCAAAGUCGGAUCCUGAUGACUGGUGGCGAGGCUGGGAGGUGAAUGUCAAGGGCGUCUAUAUGCUGACUCGAGCCAUGAUUCCUAUCAUGCUGAACGACCGGCAGUCUGAUCGUACAAUCGUCACGCUCACGAGCACCAGUGCGCAUCGUGUCUCGUACGGCGGUAGCUCCUAUCAGAUGACAAAGCUGGUUAAUCUGCGCUUUUGCGAAUUCAUCGCUGCUGAAUAUGGCCAGGAUGGUUUCUUGGCUUAUGCUGUGAAUCCAGGCAGAGUAGCGACGGAUAUGGGGGAAAAGGUUGCUUUGGAUACUGGAAUUACCCUCGAGGACUCCCCAGAACUCUGCGCCAAUACCAUUUCGUUUCUCACGAGCGAAAAGCGUGACUGGCUCCAAGGCCGAUAUAUCAGUGCCCUCUGGGACAUGGAGAAGCUUCUUGAGCGCAGGGAUGAGAUUGUAAAGAAUGAUUAUUUGAAGGUUAGAAUGGUGAUUGGACUCAGUCUGCUCGGCCAAUCAAAGGCGGCGUAUACUGCUGCCCGCCGGACAAAUCAUACCACCGAGCGACCUCAUGUAAAGUCUCUCUUAUCUCUGCAACUCUCGCCUUCACUUUGCCCUCUUGUCACUCACUGCGCUGGGAAUGAUAUCGAUCUUCCGGUCAAGUUAUACGGCCUUGCUAUGAGUAACGACCGCCAAGUGGAGUCCCUGGCCACCAGGUUCCGAAAGAGACCUCAUAUUGAAAUGUCACAUUCGCAUUACCAGGGUCGUUCGCAAUGGCCACAGCACGGAGAAGCCGGUUCUUCUGCCGUUCCCUCCUCACACCCACUCAGUCUCCCCACGCCACAUACGAGAUAUCAAGGGCAUGCCGGCUUUGAUUUUCGCCGCCCAGUCAUGUCAACACCGUCUCACACGGAUGAAGUGGUGGAUUUGACAGAUGAACCAGACUCGCCUGUUCAAUUUUCCCGUCGCCAACCGUCCCGUAGCCAUUCUCAUCAAGGGCAUAGACCACCUCGUCACCGGCCACCGAGGUUCGGUCGAAACAUCAUGGCAGACGUUGUCGAUUUGGAGCAAGAGGACGAGGGGACUGGAAGACAAGGAGAAACAGAUGAUACGAUCAUCAUUGAUUCACCAAGCAGUCCGGAGGUACAGUUCGUAAGAGCUACACAGCGGCCGGUGCCUUCUACGUCAAGUCGAUUAUUAGAUGUUCUCAAUUUACAUGCUCGAUCCGGAUUUCUCUCGCCUCAGGAGGCUUUCAGACAAGAAAUUGCGCUCCGAACUAGACAUAUAGGCCAACGUCGAAUCAACCAGUCGACUUGGGAGGAGAUUUUUUUCGCUGGAAAUACGAAUGACAACAUCGACCUCACAAUUGAUCUAGAUUACCAAGCUCCCGGAUUCAGCAUUCAUGAACCCCCGGCUCCCACGCCACCGCCUGCCUACGAGCCUCCUAGUCCGGCGCCGGAAGGCUUUACAAGAACGGUUAGCGAUGCCGACGUGGUUGUUUGCCCUAAUUGCGAUCGAGAGCUAGGCACAGGCGAUGGGCUCCGUCAGCAGAUAUGGGUUGCAAAGCCCUGUGGCCAUGUAUACUGUGGCGAGUGUACAAGCAACCGCGCAAAGAAAAAGAAUACCGCUGCCUUUUCAGCUCUUGGAACGAAACCUUUUUCCAAAUGCAGAGUCGCCGGUUGUGAGAAACUGGUUAGUCAGCCAAAGUCCAUGGUCCAGAUCUAUCUAUGA